AUGGCAAACACGAUGCCUAUGCCCAUCCCACUUCCACCUCGAACACCCACUCCACCCCCUGACGAGCCGUCGUCGCCGCAGAAACAGCCCACCUUCGACCCUACAGCUCCCUUUGAUCCUAACGCACUAUCGCCGCAUCCCCUUGAACCCGACUAUACCGCUUCAUCAUUGACGUGCUUUUCUCAGAUGACGCCUGAGAAACAGAGUGCGACGGCGUCCGCGUCCGCGUCCGCGAUCUGCAGCGUCAAUGAAGCAGGAGGACCCUUCAACUUUCAAACAGCUACGUUGGCAAAAUCGCCUGUUAUAAAAUCUAACAUUGGCCAGCGACGUGGUCACAAGUAUAAGCACUCCAGUGUAUCCCAUCAGAUCUUCCUCGAACCUCCUCCUCGCGCGCCGCAAGCUCUCCCAACCUCUCUUCCUAUCCCGACCUUUGCCGAAUGCCGGGCCAGUAUGACCACGGAUCAAAACAUCCGGUUUUACUGGAGUAUAUGCCAUAUGUUAGUUGCCGGCUACACAGCAUGGAAUGCACAUAGCUCGGCUGCAAUGGAGGCAUUAUCACAUCUAAUCUUUUAUGAUUCCCUGGGAGCACUGCUGUGUGUCUUUGUCGAGGUCUUGUCCAACUUUGAGGUGUGGGGACGGUCAAGCGUGAGACAUCCCUUUGGGCUGCAACGCAUGGAGGUCAUUGCGGGCUUUGCGUUGUCAGUGUUGCUGAUCUUCUUCGGCUUUGACCUGAUCUCACACAACGCCAAGCAUGCGUUGGAAGGCAUUGGACACGAACCACAUCACCCGCACUCUCAUGAGCGCGUCACGACCGGCACCGUGGAUGUGGCAGCAGUCCUGGCUAUCGGGUCGACAUUGGUGUCCGCAGUGGGACUUCAGAACCAUGCCCGCAUUGGCAAGGCUAUGCGAUUCGCAGCCAUGGACAAUCUACCUUCGAUCCUCAGCAACCCAUCGCAUCUGCUGACCUUGUCCUGUUCCGUCACCAUUCUCAUGCUCCCCCUUCUGUCACUGCAUACAUAUGAUUGGGUGGAUAAGGUCCUCUCGUUGAGUAUCGCGUUGAGUAUGCUCAUCCUUGGGGUGCAAUUGGGACGGAAUGUGGGUGCGAUGCUUCUGAUGUCGCUGCCCUCCAAAGCUGCGAAUGUGGAUCAAGUGUUGAACGCGAUAGAGGCAGAACCAUUGGUGCGAAGCAUCGAACAGGCCAAGUUCUGGCAGGCCCAUUAUGGGAUGGGGAUGGCCAAUCUGAGGCUGAGAGUGGGGGGCAGCGAAGAGAACCUUGCCAAGUUGAGAGAGAGAAUCACGAGCAUGAUUCGGAAUCGGCUGAGCGGAGGGUAUGGUCUGGGAAGCAGUGGGCAGCGGUGGGAAGUUAGUGUCCAGUUCCAGGUGGACCAGGAAAGCGCCGUGUCUGCGAGCCAUAGCCAUUUUAUAUCUGCACCGGGGUGGGUGACUUAG